AGACUGCAGUUUUACCGACUCUCCGUUAUUCUCUAAACGAUUCACUCACUCACUGACAUUUAUUUUUCUCCUUAUCACCCUUUUCUUCCUUCACGUCUGCCUGUAUCUCUCUCUCUCUCUCUCUACAUUGUUCAGUUUCUGUUACAGUUCUUUCGCCUGCUUUCUCUUUCGUCUAUCUAUCUCUUUAGCUAAUCUACAUCUUCUUUGUCAUUGUCUCUAUUAGUUCUCAUACUCUCUCCCAUUGCUGCUCCUCCAACUGCGUUUUUCCCUACCCCUGCUCUCCUCUCUCUCUCUCUUUAUUUAAUCUACAUCCUUUCCUGUAAUUGUCUCUCAAACCGUCACACACACACUCUCUCUAAUCUACAUCUUCUUUGUCAUCACCGCUACUCCUUCAUGACUUUCUACUUUUCUACCUUUGUUCUGUCUGCUGUCUCUCUCAUUCUCACCCUCUAAUUAUCUAACUAAGCAUUCCGUCCCUCACUUGUUUUUCCAACACUUCCACCCUAUUUAUUACUCAUGUCUCACUAACAGCUACACCACCAUCUCUGCUUCUAAUAAUUCCAGCGACAAAUAGGAAAAAAAAAAGCAGAUAAGAAGAGUGAGACAGGGUUUCUUCGGUUUAAAGAAAUUUGAGGAAAUGAUGCUGGUUGUUGAUGUCUGAUGUUGGUCCAUAUGUUCUUUGGAUUGCUUCAACCAAGUGCUUCUUCGAAAAUAUGUUUAUCAGACGAUCAGAAUACACGAGACGUCAAUAAUACUACUAAUAAUAAGACGAACAAGAUAUAGACUUUUAGUUUCCUUCUUGUUUGGUCAUUUUUGUAUUGAUAAAACGAUUGUAGAGAAAGAGUAAAUUGCUGCUAGUAACGAUUAUCUUCUGAAUUUCCAGAACCUUUUAGCAGUUUUCGCUAUAGUAUCAUCAGUUUUACUGUUAUUUAUGUAGUCAAGGAUUUAUACAUAUUUAUAUUUACAGUAAUACAUACAGAGAGGAUAAGAAAGAAGAGAAAUUCUCUUUUAAUAAUCUAAGAAACUCUGUGUGGAAUGUAAGGCUUUCACUGAGCAAAAAAAAAAAACUAUAUAUAUAUAUAUAGAAAUAUAUAUAUAUAAAUAAGGGGGAAAAGUUAGAAAGCGAAAGGAAAGCUUUGCAUUUAUAAUAAUGGUGGAACCAAUAUUCGAGUACCAGUUUCGUCUAAUACUGAUUGGAGACAGCACAGUUGGUAAAUCUUCACUGCUCAAAUACUUUACUGAUGGUAAAUUUGCUGAGGUGUGUGACCCGACCGUUGGGGUGGAUUUUUAUGCUCGCUUAAUCGAAGUUCGACCCGGCAUCCGUGUGAAGUUGCAGUUAUGGGAUACAGCUGGCCAGGAACGAUUCAGAUCCAUAACAAGAUCUUACUACCGAAACUCUGUUGGAGCUUUAAUAGUUUAUGACAUAACAAAACGCAGUAGUUUUGAACACUUGGAGGAUUGGUUGAAAGAGUCGCAGUUGCAUAUAGAACCACAUAAGGCUGUUUAUCUGAUUGUUGGCCACAAAUCAGAUAAGGAUAAUGAACGUAAAGUGACAACCCGGGAAGGACGUCAAUUUGCUGAAUAUCAUGGACUAAGAUUUUUAGAGACUUCCGCCAAAACUGGUACAAAUGUGGAAGAAGCCUUUCUAGUUGUUGCUAGAGACAUAUAUCAAAUGUUAGAAGAAGGUAAAAUUACAGUUGAAGAAGGCUGGGACGGUGUGAAAAAUGGUUUUGCUCGACCCAAAGAGACUUUACAUUUAGUAGAGGGUGAACCAGAAGGUGGAGGUUGCUGUUGACUAUUCUCAUUCUUACGCAAUAGUUUUUCAACUACUUCCACUGCAAUCUUUCACCUUCUCUCUUACUUUUUUCCCUGUAAUUCCGUCAUGUUUUAGCUGGAAUUCAUCUUGUAAGAGACUUCUUCCUUACAAAAUCUGUUUUCCUAUAUGACUGAAAUCACUGACGAUUUAUUUUAGAGGUCGUUUCAAUAUCGAUGAGAAAACCAAAAAAUUUCUAAUCUAAAUAUUCAUUGUGUAAAUGUCUAGUUUAAAAUACUAAUGCUUGCUUCACAAUCUUAAUUUGUAUAUUAUUUGCCAGUCAACCAAAAUCAUUUAAUGAUUCUCCAUUUUCCCAAGAAAAUUGUUUUAUUAAAACAAUAAAAUAUUCAAAUGAAUCAAAAUUUAAUCACAAAAUUCCUCAUCCCCCUAUCUCAAUGCAAUGAGAGUCAUUCAUCCUCUAGCAGCAAAAUUCUCGAUUACUAACGUUUCAGGUUGGACAGAAAUAUUGCCUUGUAUUUAAUUUGGUAUAACUGAAUGAUUUGAUAUAAAAAACAAAAAACAAAUGAGAUGUGUUAAUGAUUUGAAAAUGAUCAACUGAGAAGAUACUAAGGAAUUCAUAUAAGUAUUCAAAGUUACCAGCAAGAAAAUAGUAUAAAUUAUAUGAUGAACUUUUUCACACUAAAAAGAAAAAAAAAAGUUCUCAUAUGUAAGGAAGUCUCAGUUGUAAUAUUACAACUGAGACAAUGAACUGAAGACUAUCUUCCCUUGUAAUUUGCCAUCUUUUAGACUGCUAAUUGUUAGUCUACUGCUAUUACUAUUUCAGCAGUUGUGUUGCUUUCUUUUCUUAUAAAGCAACAACACUUCACUAUUAAUACAUGCACACAUAUACAUGUGUGUGUGUAUUACAUUUUGAAUACUAAAACUUUUCAGUUAACCAUUCUACCAACUUAUUACUUAAUUCACAACUAGUAAUGAAAUAUCAUGACCUAAUGCUUAUUUUUAAUGGUAAUUAAUAAUAUCCACUAUAAUUAUCGAUUCCCUUGUACUAUGUUAAAGAAUUCAGUAUGGAUUUAUUCGAUUGAAUAUAGGCAGUAUAUAUUUUAUGAAAGCCAGAAUGGAAUGCAGCCAAUUCAUCCAGAAUUAUGUCAAUCUUGUCUUAGAUUCUUGAAUUUUCAACUCCAAGCAGUCUCUCUGCUCAAUGAUAUGCUGAAUAUGCUGUCACAAAUAUAUCUUACACAAUAGCAACCCAGCAUUUGAUAAUAUGCACAUGUAAAAGUCUCAGUGUGAAUUUUCAAGACUUCCAUUGUUCUCAUUAACAUUUUCCUUUCCAUUUUACCAAUUUUAAAACAAAUCUGAGCAGCUACCAACUUCUCCCUAUUUUUUAAAUGUAUAUUAAGGUCAGAAACAAUCUACUCUGCUUCUUUCAACAGUAACUUUGGGCUUAAAAUGUCCAGUAUAUAUUUCAAGAUAUCCUAGCAUUAGGCAAAAUGUGUUAAGCCUAUUGCAUGAUCAGAAACAACAUCUGGUAAUAUAUGCUUCAAUAAAAUCUUUGAUAUUUAAUGCUAUAGAUAUAUUGGUCUUUAUGGAAAGCCUAGAAAUAUACUGAUUUUUCAAUUGGUAAACCAGGACAGUAAUGGAAAUGCAUAUUAGUUUUAAGUGCUACAAAAUAUUUUGAAGCUGAUAGCAUGUCUUUGUAAUAUGUUUGAACAUUAUAUUCAAUGCUGUUUCAAAUGGAGGCUUGUAUAGAAUUUUUAUUCAAUGUAAAACUAAAUACAGAUUUUUCUGCCUCUUUUGCUUCCAAUUACUUGUGGCAAGUAAAAUAUUAGCAAUGGAAAA